AUGCUUUACAGCCUUCCGGCCACUUUCGCGGGUCUGCCAUCUGAAUCCUUUCUGCGGACAAAAGGCCUCUUCAAUGACGAUGAACCAACGGAAACGAUAGAAAUUUUCAAGCCGUUCAUAUCGUACGACGAUGAGUUCACCUCUUUACUUGCCGAUGAUGCUAGCCUGGAGCUUGUAUACACUGAUCCCGACAACAAGCCGAUAGCGGAUGAAAUGGGCAUCUGGGUAUGGGAUCACAACCAGGUGUGGAUGGCAUCCAGCUCUGUCGAAAAUGUCAGCUAUGUCAGCAUUCUAGACAUGGAUACGCGCAGCGUGAAGCCCUUGCUCGUUUCGUCGAAUGGUGUCCCAAUUCUCAAUCCAAAUGGCGGUGGAUACUUCAACGGAAAAGUAUACAUUGCAGGGACUGGGAAUGCCACAAUACCGCCUACCAUCUAUGAAGUCGACCCAGUCACUUAUGAGACUCGUGAGCUUCUCAACAGCUAUUUUGGGUUGAGAUUUAAUGGGCCCAACGAUUUGACUUGGGCCAAAAGAGGUGAUAAAGCGUGGUUGUUCUUCACAGACGACCCCCUGAGCUAUUAUUACAAUAAUGGUGAUUAUCCCACCAUUCCAGAUGCAACCUGGCGCUGGGACCCUAUUGAGAAGACUCUACUUCCUGUUAUCGACCGAACAGAUAUCCUUGUCCCCAAUGGCAUUCGAGUGAACAAAAACAGUACCAAGCUAUACAUCACCGAUACUCCAAGUUUCACAAACCCAGGCAGUGGAUUUGUCACCAUCUCCUCGACAGAAUUUUACUAUGGCAGUGACAGUGCUGCGAUCUACGUUUUCGAUCUAAGCGAAAAUGGCUUCCCACACAAUAAACGACUGCUGGGCAUCGCUCAGCGCGGAAUUCCGGAUGGCUUGCAUGUGGAUGAUGAUGAAAGGGUUUGGACCGGGGAGUCCGAUGGAAUUGUUGUGAGAAGUUCAGCGGGCAAGAUUUUGGGGAUGAUCAAUGCUCUAUCGAUUCAAGGUGAAGCCGUUGUCGACUCAGAUCAAGCCCCGUUGCAGAAUUUUGCUUUGGCGGGAGACAGGGUCAUUAUUCUUGCGUAUUCCAAGAUUUAUCAGGUGAGACUGAGUCGUGCUAUUGUGGAGAAUAUGACAUAG